AUGGAUGUGGUUACUGAGCCUGAAAGUAGGCUGGGCAUCUCGUUCUUCCGUCAGGUUUUUAGGAGGAAAUGCAUAUACGCCACGGUUGCGGCACUAGAUCAAAACCAGUUUUGCCGCACGCUGGGUUUGAGGUCCCUGGUGGCUCUGGGUGUAGGUGCGGUGGUCGGUGCCGGUAUUUUUGUCAUCACGGGCCAGGCCUCUGCACUUUACGCUGGGCCUGCCCUCACCAUUUCAUUCAUUUUGUGCGUAUUUCCAUGCCUCUUCACGGCCCUGUGUUACGGUGAACUGGUGGCGAUGCUUCCCGUGGCCGGCAGCGCCUACACGCACACGGCAGUGGCAAUUGGUGAGUUCGCGUCGUGGGUGGUAGCGGUGUGUCUCACACUGGAGUGCCUUGUUUCAGGUUCUGCUGUUUCGGUGAGCUGGUCCGCCAGCGUUCAGUCCUUUCUAAGAGAGUUUUUUAUCGAGUUCCCACCCGUGCUUGGCAGAUCCCCGAUUGGUGUCUCAGACAACGGCUUUGUCUUGACUGGGUGCAUCUUUGAUCUCCCGGCAAUGUUUUUGGCUAUCAUUUGUUCAAUAGUACUCUGCUUGGGUGUAAAGGAAUCAACAACUGUAAACAGUUUUUUUGUGAUGGUGAAACUCAUGGUGCUUGGUAGUUUUGUGAUUUACGGGGCGUACCAUGCACUGAAUAACUGGACACAGUUCAAGUGCAAUCUCACCCCAUUUGUACCUCCCAAUAAGGGUGAAUUUGGUAAGUACGGUACCAGUGGCGUCAUUCGAGGUGCUGGUGUGGUGUUUUUCGCAAAUGUAGGGUUUGAUACCAUCUGUGCGAGCGCCCAGGAGUGCCGGAACCCACAGCGUGAUAUUCCACGUGGUGUUAUCUAUACUUUAAUUAUAUGCUCUGGUCUUUACGUUGCUGUUACUCUUGCACUCACAGGCAUGGUUAAGUACACUGACCUGAAUGUCGACGCCCCAGUGAUAAUGGCGCUUGACAAAGUUGGAGCCCCGGUGUUCUUGCGUGUUCUUGUUGACAUCGGCACCAUCUCCGGAUUGACUUCGGUUUGUUUUGCGUGUUUUUUUGCAAUACCUCGUCUUGUCAUGACUUUAUCUAAAGACGGGUUGCUGCCACCUUCGCUGUCACGAAUACAUCCUCGAUUUCGAUCCCCCGUGAAUGCCACGGUGUGCUGUGGCAUAGCUGGUGGUCUAAUUGGAGGUUUCUUUCCGCUGGAGAUGCUGGGUGAAGUGAUUUCAUUCGGUACACUGGUCACCUUUAUAUUCGUGUGUGUCUCCAUGUGGAAAAUGAGAAUUGAUUUUCCAGACUUUCCGAGGCCGUUUGCUGCACCUUUCUUCCCUUAUGUGCCUUUUUUGGGUGUUCUUUUCAAUUGUUUGCAGUUGUUUUCUCUGCCGCUGGCUACUUGGCGUAAUUACGGUGUGAUUGUGGUUCUGUCCUCACUGUGGUACAUAUUCUACGGGUUUCGACACAGCGCAGCCAACGCGCCCGUUGCCCCGCCACGGUGCAACUGGGCCCCCGAGGUGGAUGCAGCUGCACCCCGGCAAUCCCAGGAGGAUGGGCGAAUGGAGGAUGCAUGUUCAACGGAAUUGCCUCCGAUAUGUGCUUGGAACGAACGAAAAUUCUUUAUCUCUGUCAGUACAUGA